AUGUCUUCAAUCGGUUUUGCCAACGAGUCAGCACUGGAACUAUUCGCCACUCAAAAUCCAACGGAGGUGAUCGCUGGAAUUGUCUUCGAGGACAUCUCUCCUACAGCUACAACUCUCGAUCCAGUGGUGAAAUACAAGAUUCGCCAGAUUCCCGCAUUUACGCCGACUACUGCAGGAGCUCGUGAUGUUCAUACGUAUUUUACUGGUCCGCGAGAUUGGGAUGACUCUUACUAUUCAUACGGAUUCUUAUGGCUACAGGAUGCUGUCGAGCGCGCCAUAAUAUCUGUGAUGACGGGUAUGUCUAUUGUGGAACCGGGAGCUGGCAUGGAACAGAUGGCCUACCCAUGUUUCAGAUACGAUAGAUUUUUGAUAGACAUGCAUGCUGUAAUUCCGUUGAUUCUUGCACUGUCGCACCUGUUCACAGUUGGAAAUUUGGUAGAGAACAUCGUCUACGAGAAGGAGCACGGUCUCACAGAGGUAGUUUCCUAG